ACGGCAGCCUUGGAAGGCGAGCCCAGGACUGAAGCAGCAGAGCAAGUAGAAAAAGAAGUAGAAGCUGAAGUAGAAGGAGCGAAGCAGACGAAUCCACCAACGACGAGGCUCCUGCUGGCACAAGCUGGACCCCGAAUUUCACCUCCAUUGGCGUCUCUGCACACGGCCAUGAGCGACCUCACGGAGGUUUCGAAAGACUCGCCGGGAUGCGAGUCCCCCUUAUCGCCCGCCAAUGGUGAGGCUGCCAGCCCGCCCAAAGGCACGGCUCCGCCUUCGGCUGGCCCCACAGCCCUGGCCAGCCCGCUGAUUACACCUCACCACAAUAACAACCACCCCCACAAGAAUGGGCCCGGGUCGGACCCCCCGGCCGAACGCACGCCCGAACGCACGCCCGAUCAUGAACAGCUUUUACAGUACGGAUUGGAUCCCAAAGUGGCGGAUCGAUUGGAUGACAUCUACAAAACCGGCAAAUUGCAGCAUUCUGAUCUGGACGAUCGGGCCUUGGAUGCCUUGAAGGAAUUUCCCACCGAGGGCGCCUUGGCCGUGUUGGCCCAGUUUCUCGAAUCUAAUCUCGGCCACGUGUCGAACAAAUCUGCCUUCCUGUGUGGCGUCAUGAAGACCUACCGACAGAAGACCCGAGCCGCCGCCGGUGUGGUGGGCGUGGCCGGCGGACCGCCUGGUGUGGCCCUAGCCGCCGGUGACGCACUCCACGACUUGAACGGAGCCAGCUCGCCGGCCAGUUUGGCCAACACGCGUGGUCCGGACGAGGAUAAGAUCAACGCCAUCCUCGAGCGAACGGGAUAUGCGCUGGAUGUGACCACUGGACAGCGAAAGUACGGGGGACCACCCCCCGGUUGGGAGGGCAAUCCUCCUGGUCAAGGCUGUGAAGUAUUCUGUGGCAAGAUCCCUCGAGAUCUCUUUGAGGAUGAUCUCAUUCCUUUGUUCGAGAAAUGUGGCAUCAUUUGGGACCUCCGGCUUAUGAUGGACCCGAUGACAGGCUCGAACCGUGGAUAUGCCUUUAUCACCUUUACCACUCGUGACGCUGCCAAUGAGGCAGUUCGACAGCUGGAUUCUUGCGAGCUUGGCGAGGGAAAUUGCAUCAAAGUUAACGUUAGCGAGCCAAAAACUCGCCUCUUUAUAGGGAAUAUUCCCAAAUCGAAAGGAAAAGACGAAAUUCACGAGGAGUUCGAGAAGCUCUCAGCGGGAUUGAGGGAAGUCAUAAUCUACAGUUCUCCCGAUGAUAAAAAGAAGAACCGUGGGUUCUGCUUCCUCGAAUACGAGUCUCAUAAGGCGGCGAGUCUGGCCAAACGCCGCCUUGAAACCAGUCGUGUGAAGGUCUGGAGCUGUGAUAUCAUUGUGGAUUGGGCCGAUCCGCAAGAGGAACCUGACCAAGAAACCAUGUCCAAGGUGAAAGUCCUCUAUGUUCGCAAUCUGACAGUCAAUGUUACGGAGGAGAGGCUCCGUGAGCUGUUCGAAGCCCAUGGUCGUGUCGAGAGGGUCAAAAAGAUCAAAGAUUACGCUUUUGUUCACUUUGAGGAACGCAAACAAGCCGUGGCAGCCCUGAAAGAGCUUCACGGAUCCGAUUUGGCCGGCGCCCAAUUGGAGAUCAGUUUGGCCAAGCCACCCUCGGACAAGAAGAAGAAAGAAGACAUGCUCAGAAAGCGGGAUCAGCGCAUGAUGAAGAACAUCGCUCACACCAUGACGCUCCCUCCUUUUCCACCCUUCCAUAAUCCUUACGGGCCGAUGGGCGGGCCACCAGUUGGUAUUUAUGGUCGAGGCGGAGGCCGUGGAGGUCAUCACAUGGGAAAUGGUAUUCCCCGUGGCAUGCCACGUUACGACCCUGCCAAUUGGUUCGCUGGUUACUACAACUGGAAUUGGGGCGGCGAAGGUUGGCCAGCGGCGGGCGGUCGAAGUGGGAAUGGCGGCUCAGGAAUGGCGCCCUGGAUGGGCGGUAGUCAUGACCAGUGGGGCGGUGGCCCUCAUCAAACCCGCUCAGGGAACCACGGCCAUCAGAAUUUCCACCACCACCACCAUCACGGCGGAGGCUCAGGUGGGAACGGCGGCAGCAGUUAUUGGGGCAAUAGCACGAACUUGGGCUCGAACGGCGGAGCCAAUGGCCAUUCCAAUGCCCGAAGAGGCGGAGCUGGCGGGGGAAAAGCCAAAUCCUAAAACAGAGCCAUGAAUGAAUGCAUAUUGGCCAAGAAGACCUUUGAGAUGUCGCCCAAGGUCAAGAACAGGGUUGCUAACACAAGCCUGCUAAAUCUCAAGUGAAGAUAGAAUUGAAGCGUUUUAUUUUUCCAGAAGAACAUAAUACGCCCAAGCCCCUCCCUCCCCAAACCCCCACACACCUGCCAUGAAUUAUUCAAGUCCCCCUUCUAUGCAUCGUCCUGUUACCCUUGGAAUCCCCCGCCCCUCUAUCAGAGAAGAUAUUUUAACUAUAUUUUGAACAGCAAGAAGAUAAGAAUGAACUAUGUUUUGUAGAGCAGAGGAACAAAAUCUGCUGUUUAUGAUGAACUAUUACCCCAAGAAGGAUUUUAAUCCCACGAGACAUGCUUAAAUUUGAAAUGUUAUGCGUCAUAAUCUCUUUCAAUACAAACCCAUUUCAUUUUGUCGUCCCAAGUCUCAGUUGCUCCCUCUGACGGCGUGAAUGAAUUUCGAUAAAACACGCGAGAAAUCCAACUUAACAUCACCACUUGCCCGAGGAAAAAAAAAGCGCAGAGAAACAGUUUAGCUGUUCCUCUUUAUUGAGGGAACGAAAGCCAACUCCCGUUCCAAGAGUCCUUUGAAAUGAGACAAAGCCAAGAAAACAUUUGGAUUGGCCCCCCAAAUUGUUCGACUAUCACUAUUACCACCACCACUACUAUCCCUCCUCCCCAUUUCAUUGCCUUCUGGUAACAAUAUUGAAGACGGUUUUCCCGUUUCAGCCAUAAAUUAUUUUGUUCCACAUUCUGGUGAACCAUCUAUCAUCUACUGAAAGCGAGAGAAUAUGUUAAUUUGGUAUAGCAGAUCACAGAAUACGAUUUAUAUAUUGUCACUUCAUCAAACAAACGAACACACACACACGCCCUUGAUUACAACAUUGUUAGAAUUACUAUUACAACAACAACAACAAAUGCUAAUGCUACUACAUCAUCUGUAAUUAUCACUACUACUUCAAUUAGUACUGCUACCAUUGCAAUCACGAUACCUAUUCAGAAUAUCACAUCACGAUUAUUAUCACCCACACCCUACUGUAAGCAAACCCCCAGAAAGUUGGGAUUUCUUUUUGAUUGGAACGAAAGUCACUUUGGAAUUGAUUGCGAACGAAAAAACAAUAUCUUUGAUUGAGAAUCUGCGUUAAUCAUAACUGUUGCUAUAUAUUACUCCUGCUCCUAUUACUACGAUAACUACACAAUUACUGAUACCGUAUUCUCUAAAAAAGCAUUUGAAUUCAACUGCACACCAACAAAAUAUUAUUUUGGUUUCCCUAAAACAAACGGAAGAUGCACAUGGUACUGUAAAAACAAGCAUAGAAAAGCGAGAAAAAAAAAGAAAUCGUCUCCUUUUUGGACUAACCUGCUCUGACAUGAAGAAAAUUGAUGUCCACUAAAA